UUGCCUUCUGUUGGCGAUGGGACCUCCUUCCAGAGGGCCAGCCCCCUUUGCCUGUUGGUUGCUUCCAUAUACCCAUGGAGUGGGCGUCUGCUUGCACAUGUGUCUCUCUUUUUUAGUUUCUGGGCAAUACCGCAGCUCCAGGAAGCUGAGAUGUGAAGCAUGCUUUGCUGAAAGACAGGAAAGGUGGGGGCAAGGGGGAAGAAAGAAGAGAGGCUGUGGAGAGGCAGUGUGAGUGCACACAGAUAGACAGGGAGACAAGAAGAGAGAGAGACAAGACUGGAGAAAGAGGGCUGUAGAGCGACAGUGGGGACAACAUUCAGCCUCCUGCAGGAAGAUGGAAGGGGCCGUGGUGAAGGAAGGCUUCCUCUACCUGCAGCAGCAGCAGACUUUUGGGAAGAAAUGGAGGAAGUUCUGGGGUGUGUUGCAUGAGGAGAGCACUGGUGCCUCAGCAUACCUGGAGCUCCUUGAGGGCUCUCGGCCUGCAUCCACAGAGAAAGCCAAGAAAGCAGAGAAGAGCAGGAGGCAUCUCAUUGGCCUCCUUGACUGUGUGCAUGUGGAGAAGGCCUGUGGCGAAGUCAGCGGCCCUAAGGAGACCACUCCCUUCCUCCUUGAGACCACGGAGAAGUGUUACCUGCUGGCAGCCCAGACGGACGAUGUGGCUGACUGGAUCCUGGAGCUGUGCAAACAUGCCUUUGCGAAGGAUGAUAAAGUCUGGCAAGGGAUGCUGGGGAAGGAUCUCCUGAAAGGCCAGCCGCCGCCUUUGGACAUGGCAGAGAAUCCCCUGUACAGCUCCACCCGCACAGGCGACAAGACGGAGUUUCCCGUGGUGGUGAGGGCGACGCCCGCCUCCGAGCGUAUCCGCCUGUGGGGCAGGUUUUUUCUUGUGGUCAGACCGGAUGCCCUGGAGCUGCGUGGCAUGACGGGGGGAGCCGUGCUCUACACCUGGCCGUACAGGUUCUUGCGGAGGUUCGGUCACGACAAGGUCAUCUUCUCCUUUGAAGCUGGGCGGAGGUGCGACUCUGGGGAAGGCAGCUUUGAGUUUGCCACCAAGCAGGGAAGUGAGAUCAUCCGAGUCAUUGAAGAGGCCAUCCAAGUGCAGAGGGACUCCGGGAUGAAGGAGCCCCCGCCGGCUGGCUCUCCUGACCCGUCCUCAAGAGCUGCCACCCUUUCUGCUGGAGUCACCGCCAGCCAGGCCAGCUUUGAUGCCGGUGUCCAGGGAGACCAAGGCCCAGCCCGGGAGCAGGAGAACCCCUCCCAAACCAUGCUGAGCAAAACCCUCUCCUCAGAGCCCGUCUGGAAAACGAUGCCGGCGAGGGCCUGCCUGGCCAAGCCUACCAGUGCCAAGGACCCCUCCCUGCAAUUGUCCGGGUCCCUCCCCAAGCGAGGCCCCCAGCUUGAACUGAGGGCUGAGGGGGGGUCACGGAAGGCCUCUGGCCCUCUGGCUAAAGCGGCCCCUGAAUCGGAGUAUUCCCGACCCUUUGAUGCCCUCUCCGGGGCCUUUGGGAACGCUGAGGGUGGCAGCUACCCCUUGCCCAGAGGCAAAGAGGCACCCGGCCCAACGGCCUCUUGCGGGAGAACUCACAGGUCAGGCCCUGCUGGACUGGAUCACGUCUACGAUGACCCAGAAAGUCUCAUCCCUGCUAUUUAUGAUGAGCCCCAGGAGUACAACGGGGAGGCCUGGAAGCUGCAAGCGACUGCCGAGGACCCCGUGGGCUAUGAGUACCCCUACAACCCAAGCCUGGAUGACUACUCUGUGCCCAGGAUGGUGGCAUCCCCUAUAGCUGCCCCCCGGGCAGACCGAAAAUGGCCUUGGAGAAGCUGACUGAUGAGAGGAUCCCGAGGGUCGUGAAUCAGAAGAACAGACAUGGAGAAUGAGAGAGAGAGAGAGAGAGAGAGAGUCAGGAGGGAAGGAGGCAGGCUGGA